AUGUCGCAACAAAACAAGGAAAUCCAGCUGAUUGUUGAAGAAAGCGAAGAAAGCGAGGAAAGCAAGGAGGAAAAAGUAGAAAUCGGUGCAAAAUGUCGGGGACCAGGGCCCGCUAAAUAUCUGCUUCCGGGAACUAUAGGAAUUAAGGGCCAUGAUAUUAGAAAGCACCGAUGCCCUGCAUUUAGUUUUGGCCAACGACACAAAGAGUUUUCCUCGAGUUUCAGCCCUGGUCCAAAGUACAUGUUCCCUGCUUAUGUGACGCGUAAAGGGAAAGAAGCUUCUCCAGCAUUUUCUCUCUACAGUCGCACACCAGAUAAACUACACUUUUUCACACCUGGUCCAGGGCAAUAUUCGCCAGAAAAAUUCCAUCCACCUCAUGAGACGAAAGCUCCAUGCUUCACGUUCAAGACACGCACCAAGUAUUCGUUCAAAGACCCGACGCCCUCGCCAAACUCUUACUCUCUACCACCCCUGAUAGGACCAAAAGGUGUCAACAAGGCAUCGGCGCCAGCCUACUCGCUGAGCGGCCGCUCUACCAUUGGUGGAUUCAGCGAAGAUCUUCAAAAGACACCCGGCCCGGGGACAUACAAUAUCACUAAUCCCAACACAAAUAAAAAGAGAAUGCCUGCAUACACUAUGAAUGGAAGAAACUACAUGCCACAAGACUCCACGCAAAAACCUGGACCUGGAGCACACAGCCCUGAAAAGGUGGUGUACAACAAACCUACCGCACCAACAUUCAGCUUCGGAAUGAGGCACAGCGAUUACAUCACUGUUCCACUGUCUAUCAACACGUGAUUCAAAACUAGCCAAUCA